AUGCACACGAAGCGGAAAAUCGUCUGUUUUUCCGAUUUCGAUGGCACGAUCUUCAUGCAAGACACCGGACACAUCCUUUUCGACGCCCACGGCUGCGGUUCCGCCCGUCGGAAUAUCCUCGACGAACAGAUCAAGUCGGGCGAGCGCUCUUUCCGGGACGUAUCUGAGGAAAUGUGGGGCUCUUUAAACAUCCCCUUCGAAGAUGGUUUCGAAGUCAUGGAGCAGACUCUCGAGAUCGACCCGGACUUCCAACACUUCCACAAGUUCUGCGUCGACAACAACAUCCCGUUCAACGUUAUUUCUGCCGGACUGAAGCCGAUCCUGCGGAGGGUGCUGGACACUUUCUUGGGCGAGGAGCAGGCGAAACAUAUCGAGAUCGUGGCCAAUGAUGCUCAGAUCAAGGAGGAUGGGAGCGAGUGGAAGCCGAUCUGGAGACAUGACACAGAGCUGGGUCACGACAAGGCCCUCUCCAUCGCCGAAGCGCGCGAAGAAGCCGAGCUGGCUUGCGAGGACGGCACCAUUCCUCUGAUCGUAUUCAUCGGCGACGGCGUUUCAGAUCUCCCUGCCGCCCGAGAAGCAGAUGUUCUAUUCGCACGGAAAGGGUUACGACUCGAGGAGUACUGCAUCGAGAACAAAAUCCCGUAUAUCGGCUUCGACACCUUCGCCGAUAUCGAGAAGGAGGUCAAGAAGAUCAUGGUCGAGGAUGAGCAGAAGACGGGUGGCGCCGGCAAGCCGGCCAGGUUCAACCCCAGAGCCAAUAUGUGGCGUAGGGUCAGUAGCAAGACGGCCGUCCCCGCAUACGUGGCUGCUACGCCCACCAAGGAAGAGAAGAUGUUCUUGUGGCCCGAAGCCUUCUCGGAUUAUAAACCCAAGACUGUCGAUGAGACGGUCGCUUCCUAACAGGUCACCCGGCGCUUUUCUUACAACUUCUUGCCUGUCAUAUUCGCAUCUGGGAAUUGGGGUUGCAAUGCAUUGCUAUGGCGUAUCGGAUAUGGGAUGGCUUGACGAAGAAAUAUUUAUAUUGCAUGAGAGUUAUAGACAAAACAGCGAGACGUAGAUGGGAAAUGGAAUAGACGGUUGGUGGGAACCUGAACUCCCAGUGUGGGAUUCGUUCAUUUCUUAUUGGAGAAUUGUAGUCGGUCUUUAUGAUUGGAAGAGCUACAUGCUUGAAGAAAAAAAGCAGGAAACAGACGAUAAGAACAAUGCUAUCACGUUG